AUGUCGGCCAGCGUAGAUGUGGAGAAGUUUUUACAGAAGGCCCGUGAGAGGCAGGCUCGAGUGGACAAGAAGGCUUCGGAACCAUCGAGAGCAUUGUCCUACGGCAGCAACGAAGAUGCCCAAAACCCGUGGCCCGACGUCGAGACGGAUUCGCCUCCUGGAACCAAAGGGUCCCCUCCUGGAAAGACAGGAGCCGCCAGCAAGAAGGAGUCCCCCACCAAAAAGAAAGAGUCCACAGCUGGAAAGAAAGUGUCCCCAACUGGAAAGAAAGGGUCCCCAACUGGAAAGAAAGGGUCCCCAGCUGAUCGAGAGCCUCCCGCAGCAGCAGAGGAGCACAGCCCACCAGGGAAGCGAGCAUACCAGAAUGGCCAAGCAGGCAAGCGACCGCUUCGCACCGAUUCAAUGCAGACAGAGGUGCCGGAGACUCCCCCGGCGAAACAAAAGCGAGCCAACACCAGUGAUCUGACUGGUUCCACAGCCAGGAAGGUCAAGCAUGCUCUGACAAGGCCACAGACAGUUGAUCAGAAGACGAGCCUGGAAAGGAAGCUUAGCGCCGAAACCGCCCAAAAGAAGCUGGAGAAAGAUUUUGAAGAUGUGGAUGAAACCCAGCGGGAUGAUGACCAGGCAGUCAACGACGAGAAAGAAGAGGAGCCCAGCGAGAAGAGAAAGACCGCCCACAAGAUGUACAUGAGCAAACACCAAAUGAGUGCUUUGUACGAGGAUUUCCUGGCGGUUUCCGGGAAUUGGCGGAACAGCAUGGUGUACAAGACCAUCAAGAGCACCAGUCGCACGGGACGACGGGGCAUCCGCCGCUGGCUCACCCGGAGUCAGCUGGAGAACCACUUCGGCGAUAAAGCAAUCGUGGAUGCCAUGGUUCUCCGUAAGGAGACUGACGAGUACCUCAAGCAAACGGAAAUCCGGGAGCACCCGGACUGCCCGGGAUUGAUUCAGUACCUGGUGCUUGUUGAUGAAGAGCACACGGACGAAGAUCAGGAUGAGAUUAUCGACAUGUUCCGAAUGGAGGACCGGGGCGACUCAUCGGGUAAAAAGGAGAAGGAGGAGACAACAGAGGAGCAAGCCGAGAAGGAGCGAAUCAAAAAGGUCAAGCUGGAGGCCAACAAGGCAAUCUCUCAGCUGAGCAAAGUCAUCCGGGAGACCAACGGCAAACUUCGUGAGCUCUCUGGGCUGUUGCGGGCUAAGAGCAAGAGUGUCCAGGCGGCCCUUCGCAAAGAUCUCAACGACUGCAUCGCCCAGCUGUCUGCCUCGCGAGCCGAGUUGCAGGCUGCUGUGGAUGCCGGUGAGGAGACCCAGAUCGUGGCGAGCACCGAAGCUUCGACCACACUCAUCAAGAAGAUGAAGGAGCAAGAUGCAGCCUCUGCUGCACUGCCCGCACCGCUGCUGAAGAUGGGUUCCUUCAGCGGGAAAAACAAUUCUCGAGAUUUCCAACGAUCAGUUCGGCUUCCUGUGGCGCCCAUUUAUGUGGAGACGGUUGUGAAGGCAAAGCACGACUCGGAACAGGAAACAACUAUCAAGGUUCCCGUUCUGCCCCCUCAUCGCAUAUUGGCGUUUCUGUUUGACGAGUUGGGUCUGAAGAUCCCCGCUGGUGCUCUUGAGAAAUACUGGGGUCACAUGAAAGAAUUCCUACCGUGGGCUGCCAACACCGAGCUCGAUGGCCCGCUCCUGGGACUUCAAUGCUUCGACGUGGCAAUGCUGUGUCAUUGUAGCUUGCACAAUGUCAACCUGGGGGUGGCACAGGAUGCUACGGGAUCUACUUUGCUCUUUGGCACCAUUUUGGUUGGGAUGUUUCUGGUUGAGAACGGCUACUUCGGAGACCCGAAUCCAGAUGUGAACUCGUUGCACCAGAUUUUGGUCGUUGCCUACAAAGACUUCAGAACCUUCCAGAAGCAGGAAUCGCUAUGUCAAUGGUUCAUCUCCGUGGAGCAGAAUCCCAUGUGCCUGCCGCUUGGGUGCUGGUUGCCGAUUGCCAAUGUUCGAGACGUUUCGGGAUACGAGAUUCUGGGAAGUGGCCGCUUCACUUUAAUCUGA